UUUCAACCCGCCAUGGCUGAGCUGAUCCAGAAGAAGCUGCAGGGAGAAGUGGAGAAAUAUCAACAGCUACAGAAGGACUUGAGUAAAUCCAUGUCAGGGAGGCAGCAGCUUGAGGCACAACUAACAGAAAAUAAUAUGGUGAAGGAGGAACUGGCCUUGCUGGAUGGGUCCAACAUGGUCUCUAAACUUCUGGGUCCUGUGCUGGCCAAACAGGCGCUGGGGGAGGUUCGGGCCACAGGGGGGAAGAGGCUGGACCAUAUCACAGCUGAAAUUAAGCGAUACGAAUCCCAGCUCUGGGACCUUGAAGGGCAGUCAGAGCAUCAGAGGGAAACCCUUGCUCAGCUGCAGCAGGAGUUCCCGCAGGCCCAGGCAACAAAGGCAGGGGCUCCUGGGAAGGCCUGACCCCAGGGUUGGGGGGGAAGGGGAGAGAAUGAGGCAGCUCUAGGAUCUAUAUUGUAGGUAAUAAAAUGUAAAAAUACCUG